AUGGCUCUGACCAGCCACGUUAGGAUAGCUCCUCGAAAGUUGUGUAAUGAUUUCAGGAACACUUCCGUGUGCCCAGACAAGAACAUCCCAUAUCUUUCUGGUUUUUCUCCCACCAGCCACCCCCACUUUGGCUCACAGUACAAGACCCAGUUCAGCCUCCCACACAUUGCAGAAGUCCCUACUGGAGGCAGUGAGCUGACAUACCACACAGUUCCUGAAGAGUUUGACUCUUCAGCAACUGAGGACCUCAGGAAAAAGGCCUAUGAAAUGGUUUAUCCUCAAAAGCUCCCAGUGCUUCAUAAAAGAGAUACUGAGAAAAAUCAAAAGCAUGGCCCACAGGAAAAAUAUGAUUCAGAAGUUCUCUAUGAGAUGAUUCUUCAUGGUACACAAAUGGUACUUCACUUGAAAAAGACCGAGGACCUUGUAGCCCCAAACUACAGCGAAACACAUUAUUCCCAAAUUGGGGAGGAGAUCACCACAAAACCUCAGCUCAAGGAUCAUUGUUAUUACCAAGGGCACGUCCUUCAUGAAAAGGACUCUGCUGUUAGCCUCAGUAUCUGUGAUGGUUUAAGGGGAUACAUCAGGAAGCAUGACCAAAGGUAUCUCAUCGAACCUCUAGAGCACAGUGAUCAGGGAGAGCAUGCCAUCUUCAAAUAUGAGCACAAAAUCCAAGACAUAAGCAACGGGAGCUGUGUGGUGUAUAACUUUUCCAAGAGAGAGGCCAUCACCCAGGGCUCCAGAGAGAAAAGAGAAGAUAUGACAAUGAAGGGAAUAAAAGAAAAGAAGUACAUUGAACUCUUCAUUGUUGCUGAUCAUGCCUUGUACCGAAGACACAAUCAUCUGCAGAAAUGGCUGAGGACCCGGAUUUUCGGCAUGGUUAAUUUCGUCAACAUGCUUUAUAAAACCUUAAAUAUUCAAGUGAUCUUGGUUGGUCUUGAGAUGUGGACAAAUGGAGAUAAAAUAGAAGUCAAUUCAAAUCUGGGCACUACCCUUCUUUACUUUGGUGGCUGGCAGGAAACAACCUUGAAAAAAAGAAAGAAUUUUGAUCAUGCUCAACUACUCAGUGGAAAUUGGCUCUCACAGACUGCUCAAGGAACAGCCUAUCCCUGGGGGAUGUGUGUGCCCUAUCAUUCUUCCAGUAUCGUGAAGGAUCACUUACACGACACCAACAUGGUGGCUGACAAAAUGGCCCACGAGCUGGCUCAUAGCCUUGGAAUGCAGCAUGACACCUAUCCUUGUGCCUGCACCUAUGGGCGAUGUGUGAUGGAUGGAGGAGGAAGCAUCCCCUCCCAAGGAUUCAGCAAAUGCAACCGCAACCAAUAUCGUCAAUAUCUCCUGGAUUAUAAGCCCAUGUGCAUCCUUAACGUCCCGCUUUCCAAAGACAUUAUUACAUUCCCGAAGUGUGGGAACCAGAUAUUAGAAGUGGGAGAAGAGUGUGAUUGUGGCAGCUUGGAGGAUUGUACCAAUGUUUGCUGUGAGGCGAAUAAGUGCAUCCUGAAGCCGGGAAGUGCCUGUGGAGGGGGAGAAUGCUGUGAGGCGUGUAAGAUCAAGAAAGCUGGGAUUCUGUGCAGAACAGCCAAAGAUGAGUGUGAUCUGCCCGAGUUGUGUGAUGGCUUCUCCCCUAAGUGUCCUGUGGAUCGAUUUCGAGUGAAUGGAUUCCCUUGCCAGAACUCCGAAGGCUAUUGUUUCAUGGGGAAGUGCCCCACACGAGACAGUCAGUGUUCUGAGAUGUUUAAGGAUGAGGCUAAAGGCAGCCAUGAUAUCUGCUAUGAAAGAAAUAAAGGAGGACAUAAAUUCGGUUACUGCAAAAAGGUGGACAAGAGAUUUAUUCCCUGCGAUGACAAAGAUCUGAAAUGUGGGAAGAUAUACUGCACUGGAGGCCAGUACUUUCCAUCUUAUGGGGAGGACAAAACUUACCACCUUAAGGUUCCAGAGCAGAAUAUUACAGUGGAAUGCAAAGCAUUUUUCCCAUUUCAGUACACAGAAGAUCUAGGCAUGGUUGCUUCAGGAACAAAAUGUGGGGAUGGCAAGGUGUGCAAAAAUGGCGAAUGUGUGAAUAUUGAGACAGUCUAUGACUCCACCAAUUGCUCUUCCCACUGCCCAGGAAAUGCUGUAUGUGACCAUGAACUCCAGUGUCAAUGUGAAGAAGGGCUGACACAUCCUAACUGUGAUGAUACCACAUUUACUACCAAUGUCUCCAUUGUGGCUGGAGUGCUGACCAUGGUCCUGGCCACAGUUGUGAUCUCUGUGUUGUUUGUCCAUCGCCAAAAGGCCAGUAAGCAGAAGCAAGUUCAUAGGUAA